AUGACAAACAAAGUAGCAGCAGUAGCAGCAGCAGCAGCAGUAGUAGUAGUAGUAGUGAAAGCAAAAGCAGAAGUAGGAGUAAUAGUAAGAGUAGAAGCAAGAGUAAAAGCAAGAGUAGGAGCAAGAGUAGGAGCAGGAGUAGGAGCAGGAGUAGAAACAGAAGACAGAGAUGAAGACAGAGAUAGAUAUAAAAACAAAGACAGAAAUAGGGAAAGAUACAGAGACGAUACCAGAUACAGAAAUAGACAUAGAUCACCUGUAAGUAGAAAUAAAAGUAAAAGUAGAAGCAGGAGCAGGAGCAAAGAUAGAAUCGGUGGACAUUAUAGAAACAGGAGUAAAAGCAGAGAUAGAUAUUUACAACACAGGGAAAAAGAUAAUUAUAAAGAGAGACCAAAAUAUGAUGGAAAUUAUUAUAGGGAUUCAAGAGCAUCAAAAUUAAGGAAUAUAUCUCCGGAAUUUAAAUCGGAAAAUCACAGAUAUGGUGGUAAAGAUGAUGGAUCGAAUGCGAUAUUAAGAAGAGAAAUAAGGGCUGAAAUAACAUUAAAAGGUGUUUCUCAUGUUUGGGGAAGAUCUCCUGAAAGAGCUUCAGAUUCCGAUGCUGAUGAAAGUAGUAAGGAAAAAGAAACUCACAAGAAUAUGGUGUCGAAAGAUAAAAAAGAGAAAAAAAGUAAGAAGGAAUUAAAAAAAAUAUUAAAGAAAAUGAUGAAAAAAAAGAAAAAAUCAAAAAAAAAAAAGAAGAAAAAAAAUUCCAGCUGUGACGACAAUUCUUCUGAAGAUGAUGAUGAAGUACAAGAACUUUGGGUGGAAAAAGAUAAAAUCGAUGAUAGUGAUGAAGAAGAUGGAAUGAUUGGACCAGUGCCAAAAGCUCAGGUGGCACUAUCAAGUAAAGAUUAUGGUAAAGCUCUUUUACCAGGAGAAGGUGCUGCCAUGGCAGCCUAUGUCGCUGAAGGUAAAAGAAUACCAAGAAGAGGAGAAAUCGGUUUGACAUCAGAUCAAAUAGCCGCAUUCGAAGCUGUCGGUUAUGUUAUGAGCGGUAGCAGACAUAGAAGAAUGGAAGCUGUUCGUAUUAGAAAAGAAAAUCAAAUUUAUUCCGCAGAUGAAAAACGAGCUUUGGCCAUGUUCAGUAAAGAGGAAAGACAAAAAAGAGAAAAUAGAAUACUCGGUCAAUUUAGAGAAAUGGUCAAUAGCAAACUUGCUAAUCAUAAUAAAGCAGACUAA